AUGAAGCUCUCUCCGUUCAUAGCAUUCUGGAUAUCAGCAUCAUUGUUGAGCCACUUCAGUGUUUGCAAUGCUCAAACUGCAGUGACAGCAGAUGCUCGUCUAAGUGCUCGUAGGAUCGUGAACGCAGAAGAACAGCUUGAGGCAUUGGAAUUCAUUCUGAACAAGACUCUGGCCAGCGCCUUUGAAACCUAUGGGGUAUCUUCUCUGGACGAUAGAGCCCCUGUGAUGGAAAUGAGGAACUCAUUAUCCACCAAUUCUACCCACUAUGACUUUCAAUUCCGCUUGAACAGAAUGCUCAAUGAACUUUUCCAUGACGCACAUACUCGUGUUGAGGUGGAGUCCAACCUUGACAAAUAUCGAAGCAUUGACAUGUGCCUCACGUGGGUUGCCAGUGGUGAAUUAGGAGAGGAAUCAUGGGAUCUGAUCAGUUCUUGUGACACCGACUAUAGUCAACGUGGUGACUAUAUAGUUUCAGUGGGAGGAGUUACUCCUGAAGCCCUAUUUGAGAUGCUCAGAAGGACCAUUCCUCAUGAGAAUGAUUACUUUCUUGCCAGUUUGGAAGAAGCUUGGCUUGUGCGGGAGGAUUUUCUAUCCUACUUUGGCAUGUUAGACAACCAAGGAAAUGUCGCAGUUGUCAUUGAGCGCGAUGGUGCUGUGCUGGAGGCUGUGUAUGUACCGCUGCUGGAAACGACUUCCAAUGCAGAUGACGAAAACACGCCUUUUGUUUCAUACGAGAUUUUGAACCACUCGAGCACUGCAGUCUUCAAAUUGGACGAUUGCAUCUUCAACGGCACUUUCAUGGCAGUCAUGACUGAGUUUUGGUCCAGUGUACUCAGCAACCCCAACAUCGACAAUGUUGUCGUUGACUUACGCGCAAACCGUGGAGGAGACUUCUCUGUUGCACCAGUGUUUCUCAGUUUCAUUUCGAAAGAUUCGUAUGAGCUGUUUGAUAUUUCUCAACGCAUCUCAGACGACUUUUGUCUGCAAACCCCGAUGCUUUGUGAUCCAGAAACCUUGACGGCAUUGACGAGCCUUGGUGCUAAUGUAACGGAUGAAUACAUGACGAUCCCCAGCUCUGUCAUGUCUGCAUUCUUCGCACCGCUCAUACCUCAAUCUGAAGUCACCUUUGGUGGCCAAUUCUCCGUGUUGACAUCGGGCACAACCUUCAGCAGCGCUCAUUUGUUCGCGGGAGUGGUGCAACAGAACUCCUUGGGCACGUUGGUGGGAACUCCAACAGGCAACACGCCAUCAUUUUGGGGUAACUUGAUCUCAUUCCCUGUCCCACACACAGAUUUGACCUUUCACUUGGCAACAUCCCAAACAGAGGGAAACAGCAUCUUCCCCGACGUCUUGAUCCCCACAACUCGCGAAGACAUUCUGGCCGACAAAGACCCCCAACUCGACUUCAUUGCCAGCCGCAAUUCGAGUGGCUCUAAUACCCCCUUAUCUGCGGCCAUGAUCCCUGGUGACGAUGGAAUUGCCGAUGAUGACGACGAAUCUCCUCCUGAAACAAUUGCUCCAACUUCAUCUACCCUUGAUGACAGUCACUCCUCCGCGGUGGACAGAGGCUUUGGUAGGCUGGUGAUCUUCAUCCUUAUGUUUGGUGUAGUCCUCGUACUGUAA